AGGCCCAGCGGCUAAGGGAGUCACGUGAGAGUGGGCGGAGGACGCAGAGCGGGGCUCCCCGGCUUUUGCGUCUCUAUGGUUGUCAGAGGUGGGCGGCAUUCUCCGAGUUGCUGCUAAAGCUGGAGCGCGGACGGGAUGUUUCGUCUUAACGCCCUUUCUGCGUUGGCAGAACUAGCUGUGGGCUCUCGCUGGUACCAUGGGGCAUCACAGCCCGCACAGACCAAACGAAGACUGAUGUUGGUGGCGUUCCUGGGAGCAUCUGCAGUGACUGCAAGUACCGGUCUCCUGUGGAAGAAGGCUCACGCAGAAUCUCCACCAUGCGUCAACAGCAAGAAGCCUGACACAGGAGAUAAAGAGAAAAACAAAGACACGGGGGAAGUGUCCAGCCAUGAAGGAAGGGCUGCAGAUGCCGCGGCCGAGCCUUAUCCCGAGGAGAAGAAGAAGAAGCGUUCUGGAUUCAGAGACAGAAAAGUGAUGGAGUAUGAGAAUCGGAUCCGAGCCUACUCCACACCAGACAAAAUCUUCCGAUAUUUUGCCACCUUGAAAGUAAUCAACGAACCUGGUGAAACCGAAGUGUUCAUGACUCCGCAGGACUUUGUGCGCUCCAUAACACCCAAUGAGAAGCAGCCAGAACACUUGGGCCUGGAUCAGUAUAUAAUAAAGCGCUUUGAUGGAAAGGAGUUCUGGCAGACAGAGAAAAUUGCCCAGGAACGAGAAAAAUUUGCUGAUGAAGGCAGCAUCUUCUACACCCUUGGCGAGUGUGGGCUCAUCUCCUUCUCCGACUACAUCUUCCUCACAACAGUCCUCUCCACUCCUCAGAGAAAUUUUGAAAUUGCUUUCAAGAUGUUUGACUUGAAUGGAGACGGAGAGGUAGACAUGGAGGAGUUUGAGCAGGUUCAGAGCAUCAUUCGCUCCCAGACCAGCAUGGGCAUGCGUCACAGAGAUCGUCCAACCACUGGGAACACCCUCAAGUCUGGCUUAUGUUCGGCCCUCACGACCUACUUUUUUGGAGCUGAUCUCAAAGGGAAACUGACCAUCAAAAACUUCCUGGAAUUUCAGCGCAAACUUCAGCAUGAUGUUCUAAAGCUGGAGUUUGAACGCCAUGACCCGGUAGAUGGGAGAAUCUCUGAGAGGCAGUUCGGGGGCAUGCUGCUGGCCUACAGUGGAGUGCAGUCCAAGAAGCUGACCGCCAUGCAGAGACAGCUGAAGAAGCACUUCAAAGACGGGAAGGGCCUGACUUUCCAGGAGGUAGAGAACUUCUUCACUUUCCUGAAGAACAUUAAUGACGUGGACACUGCACUAAGCUUUUACCACAUGGCUGGAGCAUCUCUUGAUAAAGUGACCAUGCAGCAAGUGGCCAGGACAGUGGCGAAGGUCGAACUCUCAGACCAUGUGUGUGACGUGGUGUUCGCGCUCUUUGACUGCGACGGCAAUGGGGAGCUGAGCAACAAGGAGUUCGUUUCCAUCAUGAAGCAGCGGCUGAUGAGAGGCCUGGAGAAGCCCAAGGACAUGGGUUUCACCCGCCUCAUGCAGGCCAUGUGGAAAUGUGCCCAAGAAACUGCCUGGGACUUUGCUCUGCCCAAAUAGUAUUCCCACCUCCUGCACCUUAGCACCCUGCAAGCCCUGGAGUGGCCCUUCAUGCUGCUGAUGCAUCGGGAGUGGUGUCCACCUCCCCUUCUUUCUGGGAGUAACCUCUGGGCUCAGUGGGCUUCCCUCUCCACCCUGUCCUGACUGCUAGGCUGUUCUGCUAGGCUCUGAGUCUGCAGUCAGAUGGAAGGUCCUAAAACAGUACUGAGGCUUCAAAGUAGAGACCUUAGUUAGUUCCCUUAACAAGUGCCCUGUGGGUCAGUGCAGGAGCCCUCCCAACUCCGGCCAGCCCGGGAGGGAGGCAUCUCUGCUCUGCUCUGCUCUGCUCUGCCAUCUGUCUCUCGCUGUGGAUUUAUAGUACCAAGAACACUCCCUGCCAUUUUCCUCCUGCUGUUUUUAAGCUGCAAGUUUGGAAAUGAGCUGGCAGGCGAAAGGAAGUGUGUGAUGAAUGAUAAUGCAGAUGACCCUGGCACCCUGAGCUGGCAGGAAGCCUGGCCAGAGGAAGGGUCUGUGUUAGCCACCAGGGGUUCCAGGAAGGCCCUGUGCGCCCCCCCCCCCCCCCAGAAUCCUGAUUCCAAGUGGCUGCUUAAAGCAGCCUCUGGGACUCUGCUUCACUAGAGCAAUGGCUGAGCCCCUGUCCCUGUGUCUCAUCCCCUCUCUAUGGACCUGCGGAGCCCAGACCCAGCUCAGAGCCUGGCUGCCCUCUGUCUAAGACACUCGUAAAAUAUCACUUUAAUUAUAACACUUUGCAGGAAAUACCCGCAAGAGCUCUGUGUCCUUUCUUUCUUUUAGGCCUUUCCUCUGGGCCCUUGUUUUUUGUCAUCAGCCAGAAACUGAUGCUCUCUUGUCACAAGCAACUUGAGGCAGGGACAAAAGGCAAGAGUGCUUGCACAUUAGGGUAGCAUUGUGCCAUCUCCUUUUAAGUGGUGCUUCCAUGGACUGUCACACACAGUCCCUGACACAGACCCAUGAGCAUCCAGUAUGUUGGAUGUGCAUUGAGAACCAUAGCAACAGUGUUGUCUGAUGGACUCGGCUCCACCACUCAGUGGUGCUGAGCCCGUUCCCCAUCUGUUCGUUCAUCUGUGAAAUGAUAGAUUGAGCUGAAUGAGCCCGAAGUUCCCUCCUAUGAGCCUCUGCUUCAGCUCUCCAGAACCUCCAGGAUCUGCCUCAGCGUGGGACUCCACCCUGACUCGGAACACAGCCGGGGGUUAUUGGGCAGCAAGAGAGCUGGGGCCUCUGCCCACACCUGCACAGGAAAGCAGAGGUGGGCACUUCCUCUAGGGCCUCCCUUCCACGAGGCCGGCUUUGCUCUCUGCUGAGACAGCUGCUUCGGGCCUUGUAGGUGCCCUGUCUUCACCACUCUGCCUGGAGUCUUAAGUGCAGGCUUUGCUGUGCUGGGUGCUCUAAGCCUGAGGCAUCAGUGCAGUGUAAGUGUGUCUUAAAUACGACCCAAUAAUCCCUGCUCACCCUCUCCCCCAUUUCCAUUCUCCAGAAAGCCAUCCACAGGCUGGGUGGGACAUUUACUUCUCCCCACAAGAACUCUUCAGGGGAGCGGCUGGGCUUCCUUAACCUGAGGUUCACUGUUAUCCUAGGAGACAAGAAGAGGAAGCUUAGAAACUGUUGCUAAGGGCAACUUAAGAAUGCUCCAUGAUUAAAAAAAAAAAUUUUUUUUUUCAAUUGC